ACUACAUAAUUCCAAGAAGCACAGCCUGUGUUUCAGGCACGAUACGCCGCAUGCUCGAUCCUUCAAGCAAAUUUUCUGAAGCGUUAAGCGGUCGCUGCGUCUUUGAAAAUCUUAGCGGUAUCGUUUUGGAGAAAGUUUGCGAGUAUCUGUGCUACAACGAAAAGAACAAGAACCAGACGAACGUGCCAGAUAUGGAUAUCCCACCAGAGCUGUGCUUGGAGUUAUUGAUGGCCGCGGAUUACCUGGACGCAUAAUCUCCCCGACAGGAGC